AAUUCCGACCAUGACUCUGGUCCUCUGUUUUCUCUUAACGUUCUUCUUUUUCUUCCUCUCCACCGCAAAAACGCGGAGGAGAACAGGCAGCGUCCGAGGCUCACUUCCGCCGGGUCCUCCGGGACUCCCAUUAGUCGGAAACAUAUUCCAACUCGGCUUUAAUCCUCACCGUUCACUUGCUGUCUUUUCGAAAACUUAUGGUCCUAUAAUGAGUUUGAAGCUUGGAAGGUUAAACGCAGUGGUUAUAUCAUCACCAGAAGCAGCUAAAGAAGCACUUAAAACACACGACCAUGACUUGUCCGCUCGAACCUUCAACGACCCGAUUCGAGCCUUUGAUCACCAUAAACAUUCCGUUGUUUGGAUUCUUCCGUCCGCUCUUCUGUUUGUAUACAUGUUCAGGUUUCUGAGGAAAACAAUAGUGAAAAAUUUGUUAUCGCCGCAGAAACUAGACGCUGUUCAAGCUAUAAGGACGAAAAAAGUGGAGGAACUUGUGAGCUUAGUAAACAAAUAUUGCGAGAGAGGAGAAGCUAUUGACAUGGCUCGUGCUUCCUUCGUCACAGCUUUCAACAUCAUCUCAAAUGCUCUGUUUUCUGUAGAUUUGGCCACGUAUGACUCUAACUCGUCCUCUUGCGAAUUCCACGACACGGUGGUUCACCUGAUGGAGAUCUCCGGGAAACCCAACGCAGGAGACUAUUUCCGGUUUCUGAGGUUUCUUGAUUUGCAAGGUAGCCGAAAAGAGGCGGCGCUUUGCAUAGAGACGUUAUUUAGGGUUUUCCAAGAAUUUAUCGAUGCUCGGAUGGUGGCCAAAAGAUUUUCUCAAACAGAGGCUUCGAGUAUCGAUAUGUUAGAUUCCCUUCUGGAUCUUACACAGCAAAACGAAGAAGAAUUCAGCAUGAAUGAUAUGAAACACUUGCUUCUCGACUUGUUUGUUGCGGGGACGGAUACAAACUCGAGUACAAUGGAGUGGGCGAUGACGGAGUUAAUCCGUAACCCGGAGAAGAUGGUCAAAGCUCAGAGUGAGAUACGGCAAGUGAUUGGUGAAAACGGUGCCGUUCAAGAAUCUGAUAUCCCGAGGCUCCCUUACUUGCAGGCAAUUGUGAAAGAGACUCUUCGUUUGCAUCCUCCAGCUCCUUUGAUCCCUCGAAAAUCAGAAUCCGAUGUCCAAAUCUUCGGUUUUCUCGUUCCUAAACACACUCAGGUUUUCGUGAACGUGUGGGCGAUGGGAAGAGACUCGAGCGUGUGGGAGAAUCCAAUGACGUUCGAGCCAGAGAGGUUCUUGGUACGAGAAAUCGAUGUAAAAGGCAAAGAUUUCAAGCUGAUACCAUUUGGAUCAGGCAGAAGGAUGUGUCCUGGAAUCUCGAUGGCUCUUAAGACAAUGUGUAUGGUGCUUGCCUCUCUCCUCUAUUGCUUUGACUGGAAACUUCAAAACGGCGUCGUCCCUCAAAACAUGGACAUGAGCGAGGUCUUCGGUCUUACCUUACACAAGGCAAAAUCUUUAUAUGUCGUCCCAAUCAGAAAACCUACAAUAUCGUCUUAA